GUAAGCCGGCUGCCUCGGGAGCCGCGCCGGGAAGGGCUGCCGGGCUGCCUCCGCCUCCUCCGCCGCCGCCUCCUCCUCCCGCUGGCUGGCUGGCUGGCUGGCUCCGCCGGGGGACGGGGGUCCGCAACGCUCCGCCGCCGCCGCCGCCAGUCCGGAGCUGGAUGGCGUGGGACAUGUGCAACCAGGACUCGGGCUGGAGCGAGCUGGAGUGCGCUGCUUUAGUUGGGGAAGACCAGCCUCUCUGUCCAGACCUUCCAGAACUUGAUCUCUCCGAAUUAGACGUGAAUGAUCUGGAUGACAACGGGUUCCUGGGCGGGCUUAAGUGGUACAACGACCAAUCCGAAAUCAUCUCCCAUCAGUAUCCUACGGAGACGUCCAACAUAUUUGAGAAGAUAGAUGAAGAGAACGAAGCAAACUUGCUAGCGGUCCUCACAGAAACGUUGGAUAGCAUCCCAGUGGAUGAAGAUGGAUUGCCUUCCUUCGAUGCCCUGACGGACGGAGAUGUGACCAGCGAAAAUGAGGCUAGUCCUUCCUCGGUGCCUGGCAGCAGCCCUCCAGCCCAGGAGGCAGAAGAGACAUCUCUACUUAAGAAGCUCUUGUUGGCUCCAGCAAACAUCCAACUAAAUUACAAUGAAUGCAGCGGCCUCAGCACCCGCAACCAUGCAAACGUCAACCACAGGAUCAGAACAAGCCCUGCGGUGGCCAAGACUGAGAAUUCAUGGAGCAAUAAAGCGAAGAGCAUUUGCCAGCCUCAAAAACCACAAAGACGUCCCUGCUCGGAGCUUCUCAAAUAUCUGACUACCAGUGAUGACCACGGCCAGGCUAAGCAGACAGAAAACAGGAACAGCAACCGGGACAAAUUCACUUCUAAAAAGAAGGCGCUGUUGCAUUCUCAGAUGCAUCAUUUACAAGAGAACGAAUGUUAUGGGGCACCUGCUAAGCAGACCAAAUCAAUGAAUUUAUCGCUUCCUUUGACGCCCGAGUCGCCAAAUGAUCCGAAGGGUUCUCCAUUUGAGAAGAAGACUAUGGAAGAAACUUUGAACGCUGAACUCUGUGGAACUGCAGGCCUAACUCCACCUACCACCCCUCCUCAUAAGGCCAGCCAAGAAAACCCUUUUAGGAUUUCACCAAAGCCCAAGGCGUCAUGCCAAACCGCUAUGCCACCUUCCCCGAAACCUCACUGCGGUGACUCUUCCAUCUCUCAAGGACAUAAUUUGUUCUGGAAGGUUCCAGAGCAGUCGGAGCUGUACGCGCAGCUGAGCAAGACAAGUGGGCUGCCCGUGAGUCAAGAGGAGAGGAAGGCGAGGCGGCUUGGCUUGAGGCUGUUCGGCGACCACGAUUACUGCCAGUUGGUCCUUUCUAAGACGGAACGAUGCCUCAGCCGUUCCUGGGAACUACAGAAUUCUAGUCAGGUUGAAUUCACAGGCUGCCUGCCCGGACACUGGUGUCAUAUUUGUUCUUCCUUCGAGCAAAACAACCAGGAGGACGAGAGAGAAAGUUCUCAGGUCAGAAAGCAGGACUUAUCAUGCAACAACCGGAAACAGCUCCAAGACCAGGAGAUCAGGGCCGAACUCAACAAGCAUUUUGGUCACCCUAGCCAAGCUGUUUUUGAGGAAGAGACCGCUAAGACCAACGAUCUGAGGGGCUACGGUCAUUAUAGCGACGAACAGUUCUCUAAGCUAUCUAUGUUUAUAAAUUCGGGACUAGCCAUGGAGGGUUUUUUGGAUGACAGCGAAGAGGAGAACGAAAAGAUACAAGGCUACACCUUAUUUGAUUUGUCACCUUCUUGCUCUUCCUUGGGUUCUCCGUGCAGAGAUUCGGGGUCUCCCCCCAGCUCGUUCGCUCAACGCUUCCAAAGGCUACGCCCUCAGUCAAGACCCUUCCCGCAGUGCAGGCAUUGUCCCCACGCUCCGUAUUCCCGUUCGAGGUCAAGGUCACCCGGCAAACGCUCCUCCUCAAGAUACGACAGCUACGAGGAAUAUCAGCACGAGAGGCUGAAGAGGGAAGAGUAUCGCAAAGAAUACGAAAAACGAGAAUCUGAAAGGGCAAAGCAGAGAGAAAGAGAGUGGCAGAAAGCAGUUGAAGAAAGUCGUGUCAUUUAUGUCGGUAGACUUGGAUCUGGUGCUACCCGGACAGAACUGAGGGACCGGUUUGAAGUUUUCGGUGAAAUUGAAGAGUGCAGCCUGAAUCUACAGGAUGAUGGAGAUAGCUAUGGAUUCAUCACUUACCGCUAUACUUGUGAUGCGUUUGCUGCGCUAGAAAAUGGAAAUACUCUACGCAGAUCCAAUGAACCUGCCUUUCAGCUAUAUUUCUGUGGACAGAGGCAACCCUGCAAGGCUAACUAUGCAGAUCUCGAUUCAGACGAUUUCGAUCCCGCGUCUACUAAGAGCAAGUACGACUCCAUGGAUUUCGAUAGUUUACUUAAAGAGGCGCAACGGAGCUUCCGAAGGUAACGUUCGGCGUGGCGUAGAAGAGCGGAAAGUUGCCGAGAACCUCGUCGAGCAUCGUGCCGUUUAGUCGUAGCCCGUAAAGAAGUCAUCCUUCACACGCGCAUCUCCUCCUCUGCGUUUCUCACCUUACAAAAACGUGGCUUACGUGGACACAAGUAGAGGCAGACGAAGAGAGGCAGCUGGGAGUUUUCAUAAAACCGCGCGGAAUCUCUUUUAAGUUCCGGUGCUGCUUUUCCAGGGGGUGAAAGAGGUGGCUGGGUUUUGAUAAGGGGCAGCAGUUCCAUAGAGGUCGAGUCCAAACAAAACUUAGAAAAUAUGUACAUAACGGCGUGGUUUUGUUUUGUUUUGUUUUGUCCAAAAGGAGCAAAUCGAACCUUUAGCUGCUGCUGGCAUCUAAGAUACACAACUGUGUUUGGGUGCUUUAUGUUAUAUUAUUUCUUUUUGAGUUUUUUUGUUUUUUUUUAAAGAUUACCCUAAAGCAAGCGUCUCACCCCGGGGUUGUUUUAAUAGGAUAACCAUCUCGAAAAGAGAACUGCGGAUACUGCAAAACCCACGGUCCGUUCCUGUGUUGUUGUCAGGGGAGAAAAACAAAAAACAAAAAACAGUGGAAGGUUGAAAAAAACAUCAAGAGGAUUUUAAAUGUGUGCUGUUUUAAUUGUGACUUCCAUUUUGUGUGUGUGUGUCCAAAACAGAGUGAUCAAGACCCUCCUUAUUAACCAUCAGCCUGUGGGAUAGUUUUUCUUUCUUUCUUUUUUUCUUUCUUUCUUUUUUUCUUCCUUCCUUCCUUCCUUCCUUCCUUCCUUCUUUCUUUCUUUCUUUCUUUCUUUCUUUUUUCUUCCUUUUCUUUCUUUCUUUCCUUCCUUCCUUCCUUCUUCCUUUUUUCUUUCUUCCUUUUCUUUCUUUCCUUCCUUCCUUCCUUCUUUCCUUCUUUCUUUCUUAUUUUCUUUCUUUCUUUCUUAUUUUCUUCCUUGAUGAACCCACGCGGUGUUACUCUACAAAACGGUUGCGGGUAACCUUCAUGGAGGAAAAGAGAAAUGAAUGUACCCGACUACAUUUGCGAAUGCAGUCAAGUAUUUAUACUUGUUAAACUGAGUAUUUUUAUUUUGUGUACAUAGCGUACGCAAAAACCACGCACUCUCUCUCUCUCUCUCUCUCUCUCUUUUUGUUAGAGCUAUGCACUGUAAAUGCCGCGUUCUUUUAAAAAAAAAAACUGCUGAAUUUUUUCUUAAUCGAGACUAUUCAAAUGUAAUUAUACAAGGCGAAACAAUAUUGUACACUAACGUAUUUAGAAAGCUGAACUUAACGCUUAUCUAUAUUUGAUUGUUAAAAGAAGAAGAAGAAAAGUAAAACGCGCAAGUGAACGUAUGAAUGUGGGCACUUGAUGGGAAAAUGCUGAUGUUUUACCAUCUCGUUCUUCCUUUCUUUAAAGAUCAGGAUUCAGCCAAAGUUAAGAAUAUUCAAAACCUCCCAAGUUAGAAAGGGCUGGAUUUGAAGCGGGAUUAUUCUGAAGGAAAGAAGUUUUCUAGAACUUCUGUCUCGGGAAGUAACCUAUACUUGCUAUACACACAUUUAUUUAUUCUCCAAAUAUUCAUAUUGGACGUGAAAUUGGAGUCUUGCAACCUCUUAAUGAACGUUCUCAAUAGGCUACGUAGAACUCCAAUCAAAUAUUUCUGGUCUUGCUUGCUGAAAAACACGUAGGAUGUUUUUUUCUGGAUUAGAAUUGGGAACUGGGUAUUUCUAGUCCGAUGAAAAGAAGGACUAGGGGGUGGCAUGAUAGAUAGUCUUCCAAUAUCUGAGGGGCUGCCACAAAGAAGAGGGAGUCAAGCUAUUCUCCAAAGCAUCUAAAGGCAGGACAAGAAACAACAGAUGGAAACUCAUCAAGGAGAGAAAUCACCUAGAAGUAAGGAGAAAUUUCCUGAUAGUGAGAACAAUUAAUCAGUGGAACAACUUGCCUCCAGAAUGCUCCAAUGUUGGAGGUUUUCAAGAAGAGAUUUGACAGUCAACUUAUCUAAAAUGGUCUAGGGUUUCCUGCUUGAGCAGGGGGCUAGACUAGUAGACCUCCAAGGUCCCUUCCAACUCUGAUAUUCUCUUAUUCAGAAUAAAAAUGUGCUUUAAAUCAGAAACACAGUCUGCUAAAAAAAAAAAGUGAGCAUUCUACAAUUCCCCCAACUACUAAUAUCCUGACUUGAAUUAGUGAAAUUACUGAAUGACGAAGCUCAAAGUGUUUCCUGAAGAAAUACGUCUAGUUAUUGACAAGCAUUACUAAGGCUAUUAGGAAAGCGAUUUCCACCAAUGUGACUGGAGGAUUUUCUAGCGAUGAUAUCUAUGCCUUCAGAGGCAGAUGGCCAAUCAAUCUUGGUACAUUAUCAAGGAGCCUAACUUGAUAUACAGCAGAAACCCCAACUUAGUAGCUUUUUUAACCGCUAUUUGCAAGAAGCUCUUGAGAACCGAAAUAAUAUCUAAUAGCAACAGAACAACUAACAGAAUGGUCAAAACAACUAACAAGGCAGGAGAAGAAACUAUGGAUGGAAAUUAAUCAAGGAGAGAAGCUAUCGGGAAUUAAGGAGAAACUUCCUGACAGUGAGGAAAAUUAACCAGUGGAACAGAAGAAGUUGCCUUUAGAAGUCGUAGGUGCUCCAUCGCUGGAGGUUUUGAAGAGGCGAGUGGACAGCCACCUAUCUGAAAUGCUAUAGGGUCUCCUGCUUGAGCAGGGGGUUGGACUAGAAGACCUCCAAGGUCCCUUUCCAGCUGUAUUCCAUUUGAUUGAGAAGCUUUGUUGUGGUUGGUUUAACUUCUAGGACUAUUUGGUAUUCAGCCCAAUAGAUAUAAGUGAGAUAAGUUAACACAAAGUUUGCAAUGUAGCUUGGCUGAGCUUAACACUGCUCUCCUGUUUACACUCUUAUUUAAUGUAAUUUCUGGUGCAAAUUUGUCCGAGAAUUGGAUUUAUCUUAACUUUGUCUGGAUCCUGACUUUUUUCAAAUCUUAACCACCUAGGUAUAACUAAUAUCUCUAUUUUUCCUUCCUUCCUUCCUUCCUUCCUUCCUUCCUUCCUUCCUUCCUUCCUUCCUUCCUUCCUUCCUUCCUUCCUUCCUUUUGCAUAUCUUUAGUGCUUUUAUAUACAUAAAAUUUAUUAAAGCGUGUGGGGGGGGGUGGCAGGUAUUUCUCAUUAAUUUUUUUCUAGGAGAUAUCAUUAUUUUAUUUACUGCUUCUUAAAGUGUAAUCAAGAUCAGUUUUUAUUUUAUGUAUUGAUAGUUUCGAAACUAGAAGUCAGAAAUCUUUAUAAAAAAAAUUACGCUUUCUUUUCACUGCUGUGGCUUUUAAUUUGAUAAAACAGAUUGUGGUGGUACAGAGCACAGUUCUGCUUUUAAAAUAAUUCUGUGUAUCUGAACCCUCUUUUCUUGAAGCCAGUAAUCUUUUCAUUGGCAGCGUUCUAUGAUUUUAAAUGUAUACAUCCUGUAUAAACACUAAUUUUCAUUCCUUUGUUUACUGAAAGAGGCAUAUUUAUCAGUUGUGAUUAACUAUUUAUUAUAAAUUAUGAGGUGACUAAAAUAAUAAAAAGGCCAGUGGUAAUUUUAUACCUAAGAUGCACACCCUAUUGUAAGGUUGUUAAAUGUAUAUUAAGUUUUUUUUUUAAAUGUCUUUUUUUCCACCCCCUUAUGAAACAGUGGCUCUUUCCUUCCCUUUUAUUAUGAUUUAGCUAUGCACUAUUAUGGCCUUAGGAGCCCCCAUAAAUCUGUGGGAGCUUUCAGAAUCGUAGAAUCCAUUCGUAAGUUUCUGGGCUGACAUCGUACAAGCUGCUAAAAAGAACAAAUUUGUGUGGCCCGCCAUCUCAUUCACAUCUUGUCUGUCCACAUCAUCCUUGUCCAUUGCUUCACUGGAUUUCAACUACACACACACCGUUAAAAGAUAAGUCUUCUUGUUACGUCUUCCCGUUCGUGGGAUUGAAACAGGUGUCCUAGGACAGGUGGAGGCCACCUGCCCAACAUAGGCAGAGCCAAUGAGGAUUUGGGGAAGGGGUUUCAAAGGAUGAAUGAGUUCCUUUAGCAUUAGGAAGACUUCAGCCACACAUUUGUGUCCCCUUAAAAUUGCCCAAGAUCCUCUCAGACCGAAGAAACCCAAAAGUUUGGCUCCACGUGUUAAAUGUCUAUGGAGAUUCUCCAUCGUGCAGGUCAGGGUUGUCCAAAAGACGAUUUGUUCCCAAAGGCAACUGGGCUUCGUUUUUCCUUGAAGACGUUUCUCUUCUCAUCCAAGAAGCUUCUUCAGCUCUGACUGACUAUCAAUCCUUCCGUUCCCCACCGUUCAGCCAGAACUUGAAGAAGCUUCUUGGAUGAGAAGUGAAACGUCUUCAAGGAAAAACAAAGGAAAGUCCAGUUGCUUCUUGAAAAAGCACCACCCAUUACUGAUGCCUCUUUUAAGAGAUCACAAAAUUGGUAAAAUGUUCCCACUUUUCUUACAGCUCUAAUUUUUAGGGCAUUCACUGCUGUUCCAUAAAAUGUCAGAGUUUCCUCUGAAUGCAUCAGGCACUAAGAAAUGUAUACUACUUAUCCCUCGUGGUUGGUCAAAAUAAAAGAAGAAAUGUCUUUCAUAGGCAUUUCUCUACCUGUUUAUGCAGCAGAAUUAAUUCUUCAGGUAUAAUUAUAGUAUAAUUAAUGCUGAAAGAUACGGGCUUGUUCAAACGCAGCCCAUAGGUUUUGGUAUGAAGCCCAUGCACACAAAAAUUAUACCUUUUACCUGGUGGCGCAGUGGUGAGACUGCAGUACUGCAGGCUAACUCUGCCUACUGUCUGGAGUUCGAUCCUGACCGGCUCAAGGUUGACCUCGCCUUCCAUCCUUCCAAAGUCGGUAAAAUGAGGACCCAGAUUGUUGCAGGGGGGGCUGCAAAGGCCGCAAAGCACUGUGAAGUGGUAUAUAAGUCCGAGUGCUAUUGCUAUUUUUGCAAGCAGGGAAAGAGGGAACACUUUAUGAGUUGUGUGGUCAGUUACGGCAUCUUUACUCACUUCUAUAACAGGAAGAGAUCUCUUCCCUGUAGUGUGCAGGACAGAGGAGAAUUGGAUCAGGUGGAUAAAGUUUUCCGCUUGGGUUUCUCAUCUUAAACUUUCUCAUCUCAGUAGAAGGAAUCGCACUGUGAUUUGUUAGGGGUUCAGGGAAAUAGAACUCGUGCUAAGCAACCUAACGGCCUCCAGAAACUGUAGACCAGUGAUAGCUAACUCUUUGGGCACUGAGUGUACAAACCGGAAUGUGCAUGUGUGUGUGUGUGUGUUUGUGCUGGAGUAUCAGAAACCCAAAGACCAGCUGGCUGGCACGUGCGCAUGCUGGUUCUUUGCCUUUUUUAAGGUUGUUUUCAGGGUGUUUUUGGCCCAAAAAUAGCCCGAAAAAUGGCCUGAAGGAGGCCCAGAAAUGGCCCUAAAAGCAGGCUGGGUUUUGGCCAUUUUCAGGCAGUUUUCUGACGCUCCAGCACCCAUGAAUGCGCCGGAAACGAAAAGAGCAGCUGGUGAUGGCACACAUGACCAAGAGAGGGCAUUGCGUACAACCUCUGGCACGCCUGUCAUAGAUUCGCCAUCGCGGCUUUAGAUUAUUAUCCCCCACAGUUUCUUGUUACUCGCCACGUUGAGUGGGCCUUGAAGGAGACUAUCAAGAUUUGGAGAUCAUGAAAUGGCCCCCACUCUGUAUACAGGCAGCGUCUUUUCCUUCUGGAUAUCUAGGGAGGUUCUCCGUCAUCCAGGUCACGGUUGUCCCAAAAGUGCUUUUUUCAAGAGGCAACUGGACUUUCUGGGGUUUUUUUGAAGAUGUUUCUCUCCUCAUCCAAGAAGCUUCUUCAGCUCUGACUGGAUGGUGGGGAAAGUUGAGUUGAGUUGAGUUGUCUAUGGAGAUUCUCCAUUAUCCAGGUCAUGGUUGUCCCCAAAGUGCUUUCUUCAAGAGGCAACUGGACUUUCUGGGGUUUUUUUGAAGAUGUUUCUCUCCUCAUCCAAGAAGCUUCUUCAGCUCUGACUGGAUGGUGGGGAAAGUUGAGUUGAGUUGAGUUGUCUAUGGAGAUUCUCCAUCAUCCAGGUCACGGUUGUCCCAAAAGUGCUUUUUUCAAGAGGCAAUUGGACUUUCUGGUGUUUUUUUUUUUCCUUUGAAGACGUUUCGCUUCUCAUCCGAGAAGCUUCCUUCAGCUGAAGAAGCUUCUCGGACUUUAGCUGAGAAGUUUGACGUAAAAGAAGGUACAAUAAUUAAAAAAAAAAAAGCCACAAAUUCCUUUACUUGCAGAGAGAGGACAGAAAAAAAGCAUCCGGAAACCUUUCAUGAUUAGAAAAAUGGGAGUUUCUGUGGUUCUUGGAUGAGAAGUGAAAUGUUUUUAAAAGGAAAAACGAGAGAGAGUCCAGUGGGCUCUUGAAAACAGGACCUUCGAGACUUCUCCUCCUUGCUCCUUCCCAU